GACUCCAGCGCCACCUGUCGGUGAAAUGGAGGCGGGCUUCUUUAUUGUACCUAGUCUGCCCUGUUUGGGUCCACUUUAAGCGGCUAUCCGUCAUGGCGAUGCAUGCGAAGGCGACUCCGCCGCAGAUCCCGGACACUCGCCGGGAGCUCGCUGAGCUCGUAAAGAGGAAACAAGAACUCGCCGAGACAUUGGUGAACUUGGAAAGACAAAUAUAUGCAUUUGAAGGCAGCUACCUAGAAGACACCCAGAUGUAUGGCAACAUCAUCAGAGGAUGGGACAGAUACCUCACCAACCAAAAGAACUCCAAUAGUAAGACUGAUAGACGGAAUAGGAAAUUCAAAGAAGCUGAGCGUUUAUUCAGCAAGUCAUCUGUUACAUCAGUUGCAGCCGUUUGUGCACUCGGUGGUAUACCAGAUCACAUGAAUGAAAAGCGUGAGGCAGGCAGCGGCACAGAAAGCGAUGCCUCUCCAGAUCUCCAGAACCAAGAAAACGAGCCCAGCCAGGAAGACACGGAGGAUGUGGACUCGACGCUGCAGGACCUGAAGCCUCAGAAGGCUGCUUCCUCCUCCUCCUCAGGCAGCCACCACGGGAGCCACAAGAAGAGGAAGAACAAAAACAGACACAGGUUUGACAUGAAGGUUAACAAGAAACCCAGAGCUGAUUACUCGACUUAAAACACCUGGAGGACCUGGACACAUGAGCAUUCAUGAGAUUUCUGGACUUUUCUUUUUAAUCACUCUUCUUUUUUGAUGUUGUUGUCAUAUUUCAGCCUGUACUGUGUACAUCAAUUGAAACAUUCCCCUCACCACCACCACUGGAUGGGGUUCACUUUUUGAUCUACCUUCAGUAGAAAUACGGUGUUGCUUGUUACUUGUCGCCUAGUGGGGCUCUCCACUAGUAACACAUCAUCUUGUAUAGUGUUUUUUUUUUUUUUUUUUUUUCUAAGAAAAUGACUGUAUUUAUUGUGUUGCUAAUUUUCUUGUUUCCCAUUGUAAGAAAGUAAAGUCUUUUUUUGUUAAGCAUUACAUGGUCAGAUUGCCCUUAAAUGCCCCAAAUUCUUUUAUGACAUUGUUUGUUUGGCAAAAAAAUAAAAUACUUCAGCAAGAAAA